AUGAAUAAGAUGCUCGGGACGACGCAAAUAAAACGCGAAUCCGAAUUUUCUCCUCGACAUGCACAAAGAGGGGAUGAAACACAUCUUUUGGAGUGUAAAUUGGCAUUUAGUUGGGGAUUUCCACAUUUCAAUCGCAUAAAAAGCGAAAUUGGAUUGCCUGGACUGCCUGGUGUAGAAGGAAGAAAAGGAAAAAGAGGUCCACCUGGACCUAGGGGUGCGGCUGGCCCUAUAGGUGAAAUUGGUGUGGUCGGAAAAAAAGGUCCAGAGGGAGUUCAAGGAACCCGGGGACCGGCAGGAGUUCCAGGGGAAAUUGGUAUUGUAGGAAAAACAGGACCUGUUGGUCCAAUGGGGCCGAUAGGCAUGAAAGGAUCUCCUGGCAAAACUGGAUCUCGUAAGUUAAACUCUAACACUGGUGUGCAAGGAAUAGUUGGUGAAAAAGGCGAUUUUGGGUUAAAAGGGUAUGAGGGUGCCAUUGGUUUACCAGGUCUUGCUGGGGCUAGAGGAAUUUCGGGUGCUCCGGGUGAUAGUGGAUUAAAAGGAACUAGAGGAAGCAAAGGAGCUAGAGGUGAUGAUGGUGACAGGGGAGAAAAUGGAGAGGAAGGACCUGCAGGAAAUAUUGGUGCUCAAGGGGGAGAAGGUCCAAGAGGAGAACAAGGAAAUUCAGGAAUGAAAGGACCCAGAGGUGAUGUUGGACCUACUGGCUUGCCCGGUCCCGCGGGUCCUUCAACAUUAAGUCCAAGUAUGCUGUCGAGUUUGUUUACAUUGAACACUGGUGAAAAAGGACCAGGCAAUCCCGGUGUUCCUUUGCCAAUGCCGUCCACGCCAUCCACCAACGGUCCAUCCGGAGUAGAUAUUAAUAAUAUUGAUGUUGCUCAACCAUUUGGUGAUGAUGUGCUUGCCGAUAAUCCGUUAAAAACGGCAACAAAUUUUAUUAAUGAUCUGAAAAAUGUUGGAAAAGAAGUAAAAUUGAAAACAAAACCAGAUGGAAGUGUGGAACAUCCAGCAAAAAGUUGUAGGGAUAUUGCAGAGUUUUAUCCUGAAAAACUGAAUGGAAAAUAUUAUAUCGAUCCAAAUGAAGGUUCAAAAGACGAUGCUGUACUCGUGCACUGUGAAUUAACAAAACGUAUGACAUGUAUAAAAGCAAAACAGGCCAGUUUUAAACCAAGUACAAGACUUUUAUCCAAUAGUAAAACAGCUACUAAAAAGCAUGUUCGUUUCAUGGAAGAUCUUUUACAACAACCAGAGUUUGAAUAUGAUAUAGAGACAAUUCAAUUAAGAUUUUUGAGAAUGCUAUCAGACAAAGCUUAUCAAAAUAUAACGUAUCAUUGUCGAAAAACAAUUGCUGCUUAUGACAAUUCAAAACAGGAUUAUUCACGUGCCAUACGUUUAAGAACAAAAAAUAGUGUGUUGUACGAAGCAAAACCGAUUAAUGACGCAACACUUCAAUAUGAAAUUCUCAAAGACGAUUGCAAGCGUCCUUCAUAA